AUGUCGAAAGUGCCACCCAAUGUGAAAGGCAAAGUGGAUGAGAUCCUUGCCAGUGAAAGUCCUGUACUUGUCAAAGUUCAAAGCCUUGUGGACCACUUGACUGAAUGUGGCUUGGCUUAUAAAAUGAUGGUCAAGCCAAGUGAAGUUUUGACCCACCCUGACAACAGGGCAGGACAAAUGCUUUCAGCAUUAGACUGCUGGAACAAAGGAAUGAAGAUGUGGAGUGUUGGAGUGAGAAAAGAACUCCUCACCAGCUCAGUGGCUUUUGAAUUGGCCAUCAAUACUGAGACCAGGGAAAAGCAGCUGCAGUCCAAUCAGAGACUGAUUGAAAGUAGUAAUGGACUGCUAGCAACCAUUAGUGGCCAAGAAAGGUUUCUCAGUGUUUCCAGCAGCCACAUGGCUGCAUGGCUGAAAGCUGUGGGCUCUGGGUGUGCAGGGCCAAAUGACAUGGGGCCACUGCAGCUGAGACAAGGUGACAGCAACAGUGAUGUUGUGUCAGCACUGCUGCAGGAUGGCUGGAUGUGGGUUGUAAUGAGCAGUGCAGUGGAAGAAGAAUGGCCUAAGUUGCCAGGUUUCUUGCAAAUGGCCCUGAACAGCACCAAUUCUUUGAACAAGCAGUUGUCAGAAAUUGAAUGUGCUGGUCAGCUUGCCCAGGGUGUAUUGCAUGGUCAAGCUCUGAAUGUGGCCUUGGAAGAGUUAAAAGCAUGUGCACCUUCCUGCAAGAGUUCCCUGGAAGCCAUUGCAACCUAUGUCUCCAGAUUUGGUGGUGGUCAGAAAAUGGAAUUGGUGCUAUUUCUCCUCAAGUUCAGCAAAGCUUUUGCUACUGUCAUGAUUGGGGAAGAAAUGAUGAAAGCCAUCACCUACUUUGACUUGAAGGGUGAGCAGCAAGUGGAUGGAGUGGCAAAACUGCUGAGUAAAUCAGACAUUGAGAGGCUGAAGGCGCCAGCAGUGAAACCAAAAGUGUUGGAGGGAGAGACACUUUUGCAAGAUGCUUGGGCAUUGCUUCAAAGUUCUUUGAAACCAGAGACCUUCAAAAUGGCAUGCUUUGGGCGAUUGGCAACCAGAGUGUGCUUGCAUGUGAUGCAGAAAGAGAAGCUUGGGAGAGAAGCUGAAGGCCACCCUGACCUUGCAAGCAUUUCCCAGCUAUUCACUGAUGAAUUGAGUGGCACUGCUGUGUCAAAUGAACAGCACAAAGCUGAUAGCAGUGAAUCUCUGGAAGUCUGUGAUACUUUGCACAUGUCCAAAAAGAAAAUGGCUUUGCUGCAGAAUGUGCAUAUCAAAGAGAAAGAGUACCACCACAAGGACUUCCCCCACAAGAUCUUUCUUUUGCACCAGGUGACUGAGGUCCACUGCCUCUUCAUCCACCAGCCAUUGUUCCAAGCGCCUCUGGAAGUCAAGGUGGACUUCUUGAAUUUGAAAGAUUGGAGGCCAACCAAAGCACCAAUGUCAUUGGCAUGCCCCCUGCCCAAAGCAGAAGCCCACAUGGUUCAGAAGCAUGGUGCUGUUGAAUUGGAGCUUCAGAAGAGCCAUGUGCAGAAGUGCUUGCUGCAGGCUUGCCAGGACAAUGACCCUACUUGCAAUGAUGUGGUCUUUUCCUGCAGCCCACAACAUGUGUGGGCCUCAAAGAAGAUUUCCAAGAAGGGUGGGCUCAAGCUAUACCCUUGUGGCAUUGUGUCCUUGCUCAAAGGCACACCUGCUUCUGAAAAGCACUACAUCAAGGCCUUUGGAAAGAUGUGGCUGAUUUCAGCUAUGAAAGCUUUGGUCAAUUUUGAAAAGGAUGAAGGUGUGUUGAGCCCAUUUUGGUGGGUCAAGUGUGCAGGGGACCAUGAGGACCACAACAUGGCCUUUGGUAAAGUGACAGUUGAAGGCUGCAAAAUCCCUGUUUUGCAGAACAUUGGACCUAUCCAGGCACAUGAGUGCUUGCUCAUUGAGAACCCAAAGGACAUUGCCAAGAAGAAGAGGAAGGCUGACAAGCCUGACACAGCCAAAUAA